AUGGAUGAGAAGAUUAAAGACAAACUUGGAAAAUGGCUGAAGACGUGCCUGUCGAGAAGGAGGAAGAAGAUGGACGGCGAGGAUUUCUUCAGAUCGAAUUUCUCGCCGAUUCCGAUUGCAUAUAUAGUGGAGAUGAACAGAGCGGCUCUCAAAAUCUACAAUUUCAAGCCCUGCGAAAAUCCUCUGCGCGAAGGAGGGCAAUAA